UUCGGCCCUUUCAGGGCUCUGCUAGAGCAUCAGGAACCAUAGCCGAUCCUGCGGAUCCAUCCUCUCGGCCGCAGGCGCCGCCAAUCCCCACCGCCGUCCACCACCACUCUGCCCCGACACCAUCCCUUGCGACAACCCCCUAGCCCACCUGCCAUCUGCCGCCGGCCACCACCAGUGUCCUCCGCCGCCAUCCCCUGUGACACCCCCGACCCGUCCCUGCCGUCCGCCGCCGGCCACCACCACCUCUGCUGCUUGGGUAAUUAUGCCUGGCUGCGUUCCGGGGGAAAUAAUCUCGCGGGAGACAGGGGCGGGAGAAGAUUUGAUUUCCUUGUGUAAUCGAGGAAGAGAGGAGGUCGAUUUCGGAUUGUGCGGCAACAAAGGAGUGAUUUUUAUUCCGAGUCUGUCUGUUGAGAAGUUGUAAUCCGGAUCCUCCUCCCUCUCCUCUGAAUAAUCUCCUCCCUUUUGGAUGAGAGCCGGCCGAGUCGGAGGAGGAGGGGCCGCCUAUCGAUCUAAUAAAUUGGCGUCCCCAAUUUGUUCUUCGCCGGCGAUUAGUCUGCUUUGUUGCGGCGGUCUAAAUAAACAGAGGAGGGGAAGGGGGGAUUCGAAUAAGGCCAGCUCGUCCUCCGUUGUCACAGAUCCAAUAAGAUCAGCCAUGAAGAACAAAAACGGUCGUCCCAGGAAAUCAGCUCUCAACGAAGCCGCUGCUGGCAACAAGAAUGGUCGUCGCAGGCGGAAUGUAAGUGUGCCUGGUGUUUGUACACAACAUAAGGUUCAUCCUCAAAAGGCUGAUUAUCUGUUGUUCCAGCUAAAUGCAACGCAAAAGGCAACUCGCAACGAAGCCGCUGCUAGCAACGCAAAUGAUGACAGGCUUAGCAAGCUGCCCAAUGACCUUCUUCUCAACAUUCUGGAGAGGGUGGACACACUCGACGCUAUAAGGGCCUGCAUCCUCUCCAGGCAAAUGCUGAAGCUCCCCACCAUGCUCUCGCGCUUUUACCUAAGUGUUAGUUCCAUUCCAGGUCUCCAGGCUAAACCACCUCGCGCUGUCACCCUCAAGGAAGUGCUCGGAAUCAACAGUGCUUUGUCUCAUGUAACGGAUAACAUCUUGAGCACAAGGAGCCCGGAGGUUACCAUCAGCAAACUCAAAAUCAGAUUUGUCUUGUUGCCUGAUGACUCCCUUGCCAUUGGAAGAUCUGUCGCCCGCGCCAUGGCAACCCAGAAGCUUGGUGCAGCUGAGUUUGAGAUCGUAACGAAGAAGCGUUAUAACCUCUGCUCUUCUAUUGAUUUCCUCAACUUUGCCAAGCAGUUCAAUGAUUUAGUUGGUGCUUGUCCGCAUGCAUUUGCUGGCCUUACGAGCCUGUGGCUGGAAAAUAUGAGGUUUGGUGAACUGGACAUUCCCAACAUCCUCAGCACUUGCAAGCUCUUGGAGUAUUUGCGUUUAACCCAUUGCGACUCAGGGAUCUAUUCUGUGCUGCAAGUAGAACACACUCAACUUGUUGAGCUCGAGAUCGACCAGGGGAAAUUUCAGAGAGUUGAGCUGAUAUGUCUACCAAAACUCCAACGGUUGACCUAUAAUAAUUGGUUCUCUUGUGAGGAUCCGAUGUAUUUUGGUUUUGUACCACAGCUUUCAAAGCUGAGCCUUAUUAAAACUGCCACCCGUUCGGACAAGUCUCUCAAGUUAAGUCAACUCCUUGCUAAUGUUCCUUCCGUAGGCGAUCUGCGUCUGGAUUUUGGAAGUGAAAAGAUCUGGGUUCUACCAGAAUGCCCAAAACUGCUCAGGCCUGUGCUCAGCAAACUACAGCAUGUGAAUCUGGACCAUCUUCCUGAAGGAUGUGAUUUAGCUUGGACAAUGUUUAUUCUUGAAGCUGCACCCUCCUUAAAAGAGCUAUGCAUCACAGUAUGGGAUCAUUGGUGCAUAAUGGUGAAAGACAAAGAGUUUCGGGAGAAAUAUGGUUACUGCGAGAAGGCAGACGUGAAGUGGAAGCCAUAUGCCCCUGAUUUCAAGCACAAGAAUCUGGCUAAGCUCACCAUCUAUGGCUUCCAACCUGACGACAAUUUUAUGCGAUACGUCAGGUGUGUCGUGGAACAUGCCAUUAAUAUAACAGAGAUAUCCCUGUCCGACAGGAAGGGGUGUAGGCGGUGUGGUGACUUGGAUCCAUCAAGAUAUCCACGGACUGCCGGGGAGAGGAAACAGACAGCUGACGAGUUGGGUUUGGCUUCGGGUGUUGUGGUUCAUUUCCGGUCGUGAUUGAAAAAAUUAUGAGUAGCUUGUAAGUCAUCUGUUCUAUCAUCUUUGUAGCUGGAAGGAGUUUGUAAGUCAUAUGUCAUAUCAUGUUUGUAGCUGGAAGUAGUUAUUGUACCUUUUGCUUUGCUUUCAGUUGAAGCUUGUUGUGAAGUAUUCUGAGAUUUGACAUCUUUGGAAAUAAUAAUUGUGAACUAUUGACUAUUG